AUGCAUGCCAAGAAAAGAAGGAAGGUCUCACAUAUUUCUCUGAAAUUGGCCUAUGUCAGCAAGCUGAUGCAACCCUUGCCAAGAUCCCAAUACCACCCAUUCCACCAGUACCUGAAGUGGUUAUAUGUAGUUCAGAAACCCAUUUAUCAGUUUAUUUUGACCUGGAGACAACUGGAUUGGAAAGAACAUGUCACAUCACACAAAUGGCUUUUCUGGCAGAGGAAGAAGAAUUUAAAUCGUACGUGCUUCCGAAGCUACCAGUAUCCAAGGAGGCACAAAAAGCUGCCAAAAUGGAAAACUGUACCAUUACGACAAAGAAGAAAACGCACUUUUCAUUUCUGCAGCUGUGGACAGCUUACUGACUUUUUUUUAGAGCAGUUUGGGAAAAAGCUGAUUUUGUUUGGACAUAAUAUUCAGUCCUUUGACUGUCCCGUUCUAAUGCAUGCUCUACAAGCAUGCAACAAAGUUUCUGAAUUUAAAGAGGUAGUUGAUGGUUUUGUGGACACUCUGAAACUCUUUAAUUUUGUGAAACCUGGAUUGUCAUCUUACCGGCAAGAAAAUCUUUGCGAAUGUCUUUCAGGUAUUGUGUACACUGCACACAAUGCUAAAGGUGAUGUUUCUGCUUUGAAAACCCUUGUGCAGAGUUAUUUUACAUCAAUUGAACUAGACAAACCUGACAUUCAAAGGUGCUCAGUGACAGUUCAAAGUGUUAUAGCAUCCUACUUAUACUCGUUCCAAAUUAGAUUGAAUCUGCCAUCCCUUCAGCCCUUAGUUGCACGGAAGAUCACCAGUCAAGGGAUUGCCAGGAAGAUUGCUGGAAGUGGCCUCCAGUAUACUCAUCUGCAGACAGCAUUCAAUCAUAACCAGAAUGGUAUUUCAAAUUUGUGUGUCGGGAACAAUGUGGAGGCUCAGUGUGAGUUACAAAAUCCAAAAAAAAUUAUUAGCAGUUUGAAUAAUCAAUUAGCACAGUGUAAUGAGUGCUGAAAUUUUUAUUGGGAAAUUGUUUUUAUUAUUUCACUUUUGUAACUGUUUCAAUUUGUUAGAUUUGUACUUGUAUUGUUGAUAAUUUGCAAUAAUUAAUUAGUUGUGAGUGUAAAUUUGGAUGCGCACAUUGUCCGCUCAAAUUUUUGUUAGAUUUGUAAUUGUUAUGCUAAUGGGAGUGUAAAUCCGGGUGCGGUAAUUGUCCGCUCCAAUAUAUUUAUGUUUGAAUUGUAAUUGUUAUGUUGAUGGGAGUGUUGAUUCGGUUGCAAUAAUUGUCCGCUCCAAUAUAUUUAUGUAAGAUUUGUAAUAAUGUUGAUGGAAGUGUUGAUUCGGAUGCGGUAAUUGUCCGCUCCAAUAUAUUUAUGUUUAAUUUGUAAUUGUUAUGUUGAUGUGAGUGAUGAUUCGGGUGUGGUAAUUGACCGCUCUAAUAUAUUUUUUUUAGAAUAAAUUGUAAAUGUUAUGUUGAUGGGAGUGUUGAUUCCGUUGCAUUAAUUGUCCGCUCAAUUAUAUUUAUGUUUGAAUUGUAAUUGUUAUGUUGAUGGGAGUGUUGAUUCGGGUGCAGUAAUUGUCCGCGCCAAUAUAUUUAUGUUUGAAUUGUAAUUGUUAUGUUGAUAGGAGUGUUGAUUCGGUUGCGGUAAUUGUCCACUCCAAUAUAUUUAUGUAAGAUUUGUAAUUAUGUUGAUUCGGAUGCGGCAAUUGUCCGCUCCAAUAUAUUUAUGUUUGAAUUGUAAUUGUUAUGUUGAUAGGAGUGUUGAUUCCGUUGCAUUAAUUGUCCGCUCAAAUAUAUUUAUGUUUGAAUUGUAAUUGUUAUGUUGAUGGGAGUGAUGAUUCGGGUGCAGUAAUUGUCCGCGCCAAUAUAUUUAUGUUUGAAUUGUAAUUGUUAUGUUGAUAGGAGUGUUGAUUCGGUUGCGGUAAUUGUCCACUCCAAUAUAUUUAUGUAAGAUUUGUAAUUAUGUUGAUUCGGAUGCGGCAAUUGUCCGCUCCAAUAUAUUUAUGUUUGAAUUGUAAUUGUUAUGUUGAUGGGAGUGUUGAUUCGGAUGCGGUAAUUGCCGCUCCAUUAUAUUUAUGUUUGAAUUGUAAUUGUUAUGUUGAUGGUAGUGAUGAUUCGAGGCGGUAAUUGUCCGCUCCAAUAUACUUGUUAGAAUUGUAAAUGUUAUGUUGUUUGGAGUGUUGAUUCAGAUGCAGUAAUUGUCCGCUCCAAUAUAUUUAUGUUUGAAUUGUAAUUGUAAUGUUAAUGGAAGUGUUGAAUCGGAUGCGGUAAUUGUCCACUACAAUAUAUUUAUGUUUGAAUUGUAAUUGUUAUGUUAAUGGGAGUGUUGAUUCGGAUGCGGUAAUUAUCCACUCCAAUUUAUUUGUUUGAAUUGUAAUUAUGUUGACGGGAGUGUUGAUUCGGAUGCGGUAAUUGUCCACUCCAAUAUAUUUAUUUUAGAAUUGUAAAUGUUAUGUUGAUGGGAGUGUUGAUUCGGGUGCGGUAAUUGUUCGCUCCAAUAUAUUUGUUUGAAUUUUAAUUGCUAUGUUGAUAGGAGUGUUAAUCCGGGUGCGGUAAUUGUCCGCUCAUAUAUAUUUAUGUUUGAAUUGUAGGUGGAUGGGAGUGUUGAAUCGGUUGCAAUAAUUGUCCGCUCCAAUAUAUUUAUGUAAGAUUUGUAAUAAUGUUGAUGGGAGUGUUGAUUCGGAUGCAGUUAUUGUCCGCUCCAAUUUAUUUAUAUUUGAAUUAUAAUUGUUAUUUUAAUGGGAGUGCUUAUUCGGAUGCGGUAAUAGUCCCCUCCAAUAUAUUUAUGUUUGAUUUGUAAUUGUUAUGUUGAUGCGAGUGAUGAUUUGGGUGCAAACUUGGAUUGGCCUAAUAUGGAUGAAGAAAUAGCCAACAAAAACCUUUUGACUCUAUUAUAUCAUAAAAAUGAUUCUCAAGAAAGUCCAAUUUUAAAAACGAUGGUUCUUUUUUCUGUGUAUGAAUUAAAACUUUUAAAAUUUCUGUGUGACCCAGGCUGGUUUUCUACUAAAUUUUUUUACGACGUGAACGUCGACGUGACGCCGUCUCCUAAAUAU